AUGAUCAUGGCCGACGAGAUCGACAUUCUCGUCGACCUGACCGGCCACACUGCUGGCAACCGCCUCGACGUCAUGGCCCUCAAGCCCGCCCCCGUGCAGGUGACAUACAUCGGGUACCCGAACACCACGGGGCUGCCGACCAUCGACUACCGGUUCGCCGACGCCGUGACGGACCCGCUCGACUCGCAGCAGCGGUACGUCGAGGAGCUCGUGCGGCUCCCCCACUGCUUCCUGUGCUACACUCCGUCCCCCGACGCCGGCCCGGUGGCGCCUGCGCCCUGCACCAAGAACGGCUACAUCACCUUCGGUUCCUUCAACAAUCUGGCCAAGAGGAUGGUGAUCAAGUGCAAGCCGUUCGCGUGCGACACGAUCCGCAACAAUUUUCUCCGGCGGCUGCAGGACGAAGGGAUCGAGCCCGCCAGAGUGGACCUGCUCGCGCUUAUUCCGCUGAACCACGACCACCUCCAGGCCUACAGCUACAUGGACAUCUCCCUCGACACCUUCCCCUACGCCGGGACCACGACGACGUGCGAGGCGCUGUGGAUGGGUGUGCCCGUGAUCACGCUCACCGGCGACAAUCACGCCCACAACGUGGGCGCCACAAUUCUCCAGCAAGUGGGGCACGAAGAGCUCAUCGCCCGCACCAAGGAGUCCUACGUCCAGGCCGCCCUGCGCCUCGCCUCCGACGUCCAACGACUGCACGCCAUCCGCAGGUAUCGCAUCGCCAUCGUCAGCAUCUCGCUGCGAGAGAAGAUGCAGAGUUCUUAUUUAUGCAACCCACGCGAGUUCACCCGCAACCUGGAGGACACCUACAGCCGGCUCUGGCGCAAGCACUGCCUCCAGCACGUCGAGCUGUCCGCUGUCGACAACCAGGGCCAGCCGGCACCGAGCAGCGAGCCGAACACGACCACAGGGCCGGCCAAGAAAGUCAAGAUCACCACGGAAGGCACCGAACUAGACGGCGGCGGCGGCGCUGCGGCUGCAGAAAACGGAAGCCACCGCGGCCCCGCUUAUGUUCACCCUGCCCGCUCUCCGUUCUGA